CCCGUCUAAUUCGGUUUGGUGUGUUUCCAUUUAACUAAAAGACAAUUACAAGGCACUGAUCACAUUGCUCAGUCCCGCGCGCCAUUUCGGUCGAUUAUCUUAAGCUCAGAAGGAAACAGACCGUUGUAAGUGUUGCACGAACCGUUAAUGCAGAUGAGUGUCAUUUGAGCAGAUUGAAGAAUGGGUCGCAGUAAAAGAAAACCAAAGAAAUUGAACGAAUCUAUAGAUAAGAAUAACGGACGCGAUUUGAAGAAAAAUAUUGACAUUUUAUCCAGGCUAUCUCUUCCUAUUUCAACUAACACCGGGCAAUAUCAAUCGGAGGAUGAUACAGACGAUGAAGAAACUAUCGAAUUUGACUUUCGACCACGAAAAACGUACCUCUCAAAUACGUGCCUAGUUUGUUCGCGCAUCUCCAGUCCGAAGUUAGUGUGUAAAAACUGUUCCAUGGUUUCAUACUGCACGGAGGAUCAUCAAAGUCAAGACGCAGCUUUGCAUCAGGACUUAUGCAGAGCUUUGGCCAAAAAUUGCGAGGAAAAAUGCGAUGGAAUCGGGGAUAGGAAAAACACGGCGAGUCCAGAGGAGUACAGAAUACUAAGGGUCAACCUGAUCAAAGUGACAGAAAUUUUGUUAAACCGUUACCUUGAGCUUUGGGAAAAGGAGAUCAUACUCUACCCCCGGGCCUGUUUCAAGUGCCAUAGUUUUGGUAAAAAUAACGGUAAAUCGUUGCAGUGUUGCUCGGAUUGCAAAGUCGUGUUUUGGUGUCAAGAACAUCGUGACGAUCACUCUGAAUGGUGUUUGCAGUACCGAUUAUUUCACAAGUUAAUUUUGGCACAAGCUACGCACGGCAAUGUGGAUCCCGGGAUUCCGAAUGUGUACUUUAUGGCCCCAAAACUUUCCCAGUUUAAUUUUGACGCCGUUGCGUCUAUGAUUAGUAAUGAUUCUGAUCGAUUCGUAAACAUGGACUUCUAUAAUUACACCACUUUGUCCCACCUGGCAAGUAUUCCUCUCACAGCAUUGUAUGCGUUACAGGAAUCCUGUAGCGGCUGGGAAUCUAAUGAUACCCUCGUAGUGCAUUUGAUCGGUGCAGAGUUUCAGUACGAGGGUAUAAAUUUGCAUGUUUGGGAGAAGCUUUUCCUCCACUUUCUACCAAACUUGAAAAUCCUUAAAGUCAUUAUAUCUGGCCCUGAAUUGUUACUGCCCCAGUUAGUGCCGCGUGAUAUUUUAAGCCGCGUCAAACUUUGCCGCUUAUGUAAACUGAGGGACAAAAAAAUCGACGUCUCCUUCGUUCCCGAGACGUUAUAUCACGACUUUUGCUACUCUCCGAAUUACACGAAACCGGACCUGACUUGUCUUUUUAACGCUGGGUUGUAUCGGGCGACUGGUUUCCGGGGUCAAGACACGUGGCCACAAACUAUUUUUGAAUUAUGCAAAAGCAAGGUGCCAAUUUUAGUAACUGCUUAUACGGAACGUGAAAUACCGAUGGAUAUCGAGAGAAUAAAACGCGUCUGUUCAGACUUGGAAGUCGUUUUGGCACCGCAAAAGAAUCCUUAUGCGAGUUUGAAGCCGGAUAGAAACUUCGUUAGCGACGAAUCAGUGCCUUUAAUAUACAAAAAUUAUUAUUUAAGCAUUGUAAGAGUUGCUGGAUAACUAAUUUGUAAAGAAUAAAUGCUCAUGUUUAUCGUUCAACAAUUCUCACACCGAAUUAUUUACUAUUUAUUUAGACAUUCGUUUGGUAUCAAUAUGUUAAGAAGAAGAUCCGAGGUUUUCGGAGUAAUGGAUAAGCAAGAAUUUCGACCGCGUCAUCCUACAGGUAACACACUUAAAAUAGCAACCAUAAAUAGUCGUACUCAUUACAGUAAAAUAAAUUAUCAAUUAUAUACACGUUCGACGAUAUACGCCACGUUAUGUCAUUACAGGGCGACUUUGUUACCAAGCGCAAUGCCCACGCACACAACGGCUACAAUGGCUAAAUACAGAGAUGGAAAAGCUAGCGUGGCCCCUUUGCUGUAAGCCCGCCCGUGAUGAUAGGAGUUAUCGCAGUGAGAAGGCCAGUUUUGGAGGCAGCCUGCGUAGGCAACGGCGUGAGCAAUGUAAUUCUGUUCAAAA